GUGCGUCAACGCUGGGAGUGGGAUGGCGCGUCACCGUCAGAUGGAAUUCGCCCUCUGUCAUUUAUACUGAUCCGGUUUCUUCAAAGACACCAGCAUCCACGUUAUUUUAGCUUGAGAAGAAUGUUUUUUUGUCAAUGGGUGUGACUCGGCUUGAUGUUCUGUAUAGAAGGCUUCUCCUCACCAAACUCUUCAUUCAAGGAUGGGGAAAGCCGGAGGACCUGAAAAGAUUAUUUGCUUUCCGGAAGAUUAUUGGCAACAGGGAGAGAUGCAAGGAUCUGGUUCAGAAGGACUACCCAGUAUUUAUUGACAAGGUAGAAGAUCACACAGAUUGCAAGAUUCACAAUGGCCAUUUCAUAUCGCCGCUGGAGCACUUUGUCCCGGGCAUCUUGCCAGCUGAGUCCGUCAAAGCCCGUUUCCAGUUUAUUGUACCUAAGAAAUGGAAAAGACACAGACCAGUCUGUAUUCACCUGGCUGGAACAGGAGACCAUUUUUUCUGGAGAAGACGAACACUAAUGGCCAGACCAAUGAUUAAAGAAUCAGGGAUGGCAUCACUACUGUUGGAGAACCCUUAUUACGGAUACAGGAAACCUAAAGACCAGAUUCGCUCCAGUCUGAAGAAUGUCUCCGACCUGUUUGUGAUGGGUGGAGCGCUGAUCCUGGAGUCUGCUGCGCUGUUACACUGGCUGGAGCGAGAGGGUUUCUGGCCUCUAGGCAUGACUGGCAUUUCUAUGGGCGGACAUAUGGCAUCAUUAGCUGUAACAAACUGGCCCAAACCAAUUCCACUCGUUCCUUGUUUAUCCUGGACGACUGCUUCAAGUGUUUUUACCACAGGUGUUUUAAGUCGAGCUGUGAAUUGGAGAGAACUGGAGAAGCAGUACUGCGCACAUCCAGUCUAUGAGGAAGAAAUCAUCAAUAUGCUGGAGUAUUGUGGGACAGACUCUUUCCGGAUGGGCCAGGAAUUCGUAAAAAAUGCCCCAGGCAGCUUUGACAGUCUCUCUGACCUGGAUCUUACCCAUGACCUUCUUGACCUCCACUCGCCAGAAAGGGACCCCCAGAUGGGACCGCGCUCCUCUCGCGCCUCAGACUCUGCCCUAUUGAUGGGCCGUAGAGAGAGAGACGGGCUGGAUCAGAUGCUGUCCGCUGUGAGCAGCAGCGGGCCUCAUUUGGACAUGCUACAUGCUAAAAACAUCACCUUUGGGGCUGGUCAGCGGCAUUCGCUGCAGCGGGAGUCUCUCUGCUUCAUGAAGGGCGUUAUGGAUGAAUGCACACACAUCGCCAAUUUUUCAGUGCCUGUAGAUCCCAGUCUGAUCAUCAUAGUCCAGGCAAAGGAAGACGCUUAUAUUCCACGCACUGGAGUCCGCAGCUUACAGGAAAUCUGGCCUGGCUGUGAGGUUCGCUACCUCAAUGGUGGCCACGUCAGUGCUUACCUCUUCAAACAAGGACUGUUUCGGCAAGCAAUUUAUGAUGCCUAUGACCGGUUUCUUCAGAAGUAUUCCAGCCUAUAGCCAUGGAUCUGUUUGGUACUCAGUACAAGACAAGAAUUGUUGGAUUUUGAGUAUGAUGUGGAGAUGUACAACCUGAUUAUGAUGACUGUGAUUCUUAAAGAAGAAUGUGUAAUUGGAACUAAACCUGGUGCUUCCAAAGGGAGUCAGUGGUAAAAGUGUGUUCCUCGGUGUGGUACACCUCAAAAACUCAGAUUGAUCUGAAGCCAACUAACAUGUGCCCAAUCCAUACAAAACCUUGUCUUCCUGACCUCACUGCCUUUAACCCUGUAUAUCCUCAUCAUGACUGAAAAAUAUUUCAUCAAACAAAACAAAAAUGUACCUCCAAACCAUUCAUUCUCUUACACAUCAAGGUGUCUUUAAACCUCUUCAGGUAGCAGGUCUCUGAAAUUACAGUAUUCUGGAUUGUAGGGCAAAUGAAUUUAUUUGAUAUGCAUUCUGUACUUUUGUUUUACCAACAGAGAAUAUGCACAUUUUCUGAUACAUUUUCUUGCCUGUUUUUAUCAAAUAAUGCAUCAGAAAAAUGGCCUUGUCAUGGGCACGUUUUAAUCUUGCAGAUAUAUCUCAUAUACAGUAUAUGUGUGUGUGUACGUUUAACAAAUUGAGGGGAGUUGUUUGAGUUUUUUAGCAAUCACUGGUGCUCAUAUGAGACCAAACUCAGGUGCUGAUGGCAAGAAAUAUGACCACAAUUCAAAAUAUACAUUUUCUGUGAACUGCUGCAUGCAUUUCAAUCCCUUAAAUCCUAAACACUGCCAAAUACUACAGUAACCGGCCGCUAACAAUCAUACUGUUUCAGUGGACUGAAAUGUUUUACGUUUUACUACUGUCACUUUUUCUGGUCUAUCAUGUUUAGUAUUCAUUUUAUUCAUCAUUCAUGUGUUUCUCCACUCUAAAAAUAAAAAGAC